UGCCACUUCACUACUCUAACUGAUCUUCUCUCUUGAAAAAAAAAAAUGGAGGGAAUUUAUGGAACUUGCUCUCCCUCCUCAGUUCCACGUUUUCUAAUUUCCCUUCUAUUUUUCUUCUUAUUCACAUCGACAGUAGUAGUUUUUUCGUUGCCAGAAGAUUCUUCGGAGAUAAUCUCCAGAUUCCAACAGUAUCUUCAAAUUAACACAGCUCAACCUAACCCUGACUACUCUGCAGCUGCCGAUUUCAUCUUCUCUCAAGCCAAAACCAUUGGCCUCGAAUCGCAAUCCCUUGAGUUCGUCAAGGGCAUGCCUGUCGUUCUUGUCAAAUGGCCUGGUACAAACCCUGAUCUCUCUUCUAUUCUCCUUAAUUCGCACAUGGAUGUGGUAGCUGCCGAGCACCAUAAAUGGAUUCACCCUCCUUUCGAUGCUCACGUCGAUCAAGCCGGAGAUAUCUAUGCCAGAGGAUCGCAGGACAUGAAGUGUGUUGGGAUGCAAUACCUGGAAGCCAUACGCGGAUUGAAGAACUCUGGGUUCCAGCCGGUUAGGACUGUUUACGUUUCGUUCGUUCCAGACGAGGAGAUAGGCGGCCAUGAUGGGGCUGAGAAAUUAGCUGAAUCGGAAGAAUUCCAGAAAAUGAAUGUUGGAAUACUUCUUGAUGAAGGAAUCGCAUCACCAAAUGAAAAUUACCGUGUUUUCUUUGCGGAGAGGUGCCCUUGGUGGCUUGUGAUUAAGGCUACUGGUUCUCCUGGUCAUGGGUCAAAACUUUAUGACAAUAGUGCAGUGGAGAACCUAAUGAAGAGCCUUGAGAGUGUGAGGAGGUUCCGGGCUUCCCAAUUUGACUUGGUGAAGGCGGGUUUGAAGGAAGAAGGUGAAGUUAUUUCAGUGAAUAUGGCUUUCUUGAAGGCUGGCACGCCAUCUCCAACAGGGUUCGUUAUGAAUCUGCAGCCAUCUGAAGCUGAAGCAGGUUUUGAUAUACGAGUCCCACCAACUGUUGAUGAGAAAUUGUUGGAGAAACGGAUUGAAGAGGAAUGGGCACCUUCUUCACGCAACAUGACAUUUGAGUUUAAAAGCAAAGCUUCCACUCUAGAUGACUUUGGGAAGCCAGUCCUCACUGCUACAGAUGACUCUAAUCCAUGGUGGGCACUUUUAGAAGGGGCAGUAAAGAAAGCAAAUGGCAAACUUGGCAAACCAGAACUUUAUCCAGCCUCAACAGAUGCUCGAUACUAUAGGAAACGAGGAUUGCGAGCAAUUGGCUUCUCUCCCAUUGCAAACACUCCUAUUCUGCUCCAUGACCAUAAUGAGUUUCUAAAUCAAGCGGAGUACCUGAAAGGAAUUGAAAUAUAUGAGUCAAUCAUCGAAGCAUACGCAUCUUACACUGAGCACACAAGGAAUGCUGCUUCCAGAGACGAGUUGUAAAAGAGCAAACAUGGCCCAUUUCCUGUAGCGACUGCACAUGUUUUAGCUUCAUUGUAGUGUAGCAGGGAUAAGGGAUGUUCCCCAGUUGGUAAUUGUAAAAGAGAGAGAUGCAUAAAUGGAGGUCACAAUCUCCUGUGCCCAGUGUACUGAUAUGAAAUAUAAGAUUUAUUUCACUGUUGAACAUUGUUCUGAUCCAGGUAUUAUCAUCACUUGUGGGUCUGUUCUGAUGGCCGAUGAGGCACUUUGUAAUUUAAUCCUUGAUAACGUCUGCCAACAAUUGCACUG